GUAUUAAUGCUGAAACUUUGAUCGUGCCCUGUUCUCUUUCCUUGGAAGGUUGGAAUCCAUACCAAGGCAUGGUUUAUCGCUGGGAUAUUUCUACUAAUGACUAUCCCCAUUUCUCUCUGGGGAAUACUACAGCACUUGGUUCAUUACACUCAACCUGAAUUACAGAAACCAAUUAUAAGGAUUCUAUGGAUGGUGCCGAUUUACAGCUUAGACAGUUGGAUAGCUUUGAAAUACCCCAACAUUGCGAUAUAUGUGGAUACAUGUCGAGAGUGCUAUGAAGCCUAUGUCAUCUAUAAUUUUAUGGUUUUUCUUUCAAAUUACCUAACCAACCGUUAUCCAAACCUGGUAUUAAUAAUAGAAGCCAAAGAUCAGCAGAGACAUCUGCCUCCCCUGUGUUGUUGUCCAUCAUGGGCUAUGGGAGAAGUUCUGUUAUUUAGAUGUAAACUGGGUGUUUUGCAGUACACUGUUGUCAGACCAUUUACUACCAUUAUUGCUUUAAUUUGUGAGCUGGUGGGAGUAUAUGAUGAAGGAAACUUCAGCUUCAACAAUGCUUGGACUUACUUGGUUAUACUUAACAACAUGUCGCAGCUAUUUGCUAUGUAUUGUCUAGUGCUGUUUUACAAAGUGCUACGUGAAGAAUUGAACCCUAUCCAGCCUGUUGGCAAGUUCCUUUGUGUGAAGAUGGUAGUUUUUGUUUCUUUCUGGCAAGCGGUUCUCAUUGCCUUGCUGGUGAAAGUCGGCGUUAUCUCCGAGAAGCGCACCUGGGAAUGGCAAAGCGUGGAAGCUGUGGCUACAGGCCUGCAGGAUUUUAUCAUCUGUGUCGAGAUGUUCCUGGCUGCUAUUGCUCAUCACUACAGUUUUUCCUAUAAACCUUAUGUUCAGGAAGCUGAAGAAGGGUCCUGCUUUGACUCCUUUCUUGCAAUGUGGGAUAUUUCUGAUCUAAGGGCAGAUAUAUCAGAACAAGUUCGAAAUGUUGGAAGAACAGUUCUGGGCCAGCCAAGGAAAAUGUUUUUUGCUGAGGACCAUGAACAGAAUGAGCAUACGAGUUUACUGUCUUCAUCUACUCAAGAUCCCAUUUCCGAUGCGUCUUCAAUGCCCUCCUCCCCCAUGGGUCAUUACCAGGGCUUUGGACACACCGUGACCCCUCUCACAACCCCCACAACAGUGCCCGUCAGUGACGGUAUCUGUAACACAGCGGAGGCGCCAGACCUGCAGCCCAGCUCGUCGGAGAGAGCGCUGGACACAAGCUAAGCUCCCUCCUUGGAGUGGGGCCAGGAGCCUCCGGUGCCCUCACCCCACAUGUCCUUUCCCCUGAACUAUUGCUGGGGAAGGUAUGAGUAGCUGGGAAGAGCUGCCACGAGGGUGGGAAGAGGAUGUGGCUGUAACUGCUCCAUUACCUCUGAAUUCAGAAUGGAGGAGCUCUGGUCCCCCUCAAGGUAAAACACGCACACUGUAAAUUGUGGUGCAGAUUUGCAAAUCACAUCCUGAGACUGCUGAUCUUUUACACACCUAUGUUGUAUGAAAAGAUGAGCAUACUGAAUGAAAUUGAUUUCUAUUAAUACAAAAGACACUUGGAAAAAUGCUUUGCUCUUCUACUACAUGAAGUAUUAGUGAUGAGGAUAAAAAUAAUUUCCAGAACACUAAAGGAUAAAAUACAGUUGGUCUUAGCUUUGAUUGACCUCUUACAAUGGUAACUUCCAUAUUCCAGCAGGCAGUAGAGUAGGGAAGAAACACAGGAACUAUUUUCUUCUCUCUCCCGCUCAGCUAACUGCACCUCCUUUCAGGAAGGUAAUUAAUACAGAAUAUCAGGAAGGAAUCUGGACUAACAAAGCCUUCCCUCCACACAUUGCUGUAAAGGCCCCUGCCCAGCACAUGAAGGCUCCAGCGCUGUUGUCCUUGGAGCUCGUAUUUUCCUGCUAGGUCAUUCAGGCAGGAAGAUGCGUUUUGGAAGUAUAUCUUCCAGUUGGCUUCUUUCUAAAUAGAGAAUAAUGGUUACAGCCUCAAAGAUGAGGAAAAACUGAAGGAUAUCAAAAUGGAAAUAACAUCAAAGCUGACAUUUUGUUUGGGGUUGCAAUAAAUUCUUUACCAUUAAGAUGACUUCUUUAAGCUAAUAAAGCAGGCUGUCUUACCACUGCCUUUGUAGCAAUUUGUAUUCAUAAAUUUGUGUAUGUGUGGGUAUUGUACUAUGCUUCUGGUAUAGCCUGAACUCAAAUGUUAGAGUUGAUUUUUUUUUUUUAAUUAUUAUUUAUUUUUUGCCCCCUUUCUAGGGAGGAAGAGACAUUUGCCCUGGUAGAAUUAAGUAGCUAGUCUAAUACUGUUACUAGCAUUAGGUUUCAGACCAGUAAAAAGUACACUUUUAUCAAACAGUUACUGUUUUGCAAAACGGAGAAAAUGAGGGGUAUUAUUUUUUUUAUCACUUUAACAGACUUCAAUUAGUAUUGCAUGUUUGCAAUCUGACUAAAACCAACCUAGCGCACUGAUGCUUUAAGUGAAACCUGCAAUUUCCUUUUCAGCAUUAUUGCCAUUUACUCUGUAAAUGUUUAAGUUCCGAUUGUUCUGGUGAACUCAUCUGAAGUGCUUUUUGCAGUACUAGUGUGAUGUAAAUAUUGCGCCUUACUCACUAGGCUGCAUCUUUUAUAGUUGACUAUGUAUGUGCUGUAUCUCAAGGUAGUGAGGAAGUGCAAAUCAUA